AUGACGGAUCAGGAUUCAGAAACUGAAGAAAACACUAUGCUGUUUACAAACAAUUAUUCUGAAGCCAUCAAUGAUCUUCGUCCGAUCGAUUGUAGUCGUCGUACAAGUGUUCUUUCGAUACAAGGCAUGAAAAGAAGUAUCAGCAACCUCCUUCGACCUUCGAAUACUGCUCGCAUGCAAUAUGGAGUGGAUACAAGUUUCAAGUCAAGACUACAACAAUAUUUCAUAGAAAAUCAGAAGUCAAGUUUACGUAUUCGACUCUUCAAUGUUUUCAUAAAAGUUUUAUCGUGUGCUUUGUAUUGUGUUCGUGUAAUACAAGAUAAUGGCGAUUUGCCUGAUCAUGUUAAUGCUGCCAAACGAGAUCCGGGUGAUAUUCAAUUGGAGAAGCUGACAUGGGUUGAAUGUAGCUAUGAGUUAUGGUUUAUACAAACUGUUGUGGCUUUCAUCUCCAUCAUAGAAACUAUCCUCAUCUUCUAUAUUUCUUAUCAGGGAAAUAUUGUUAAAUUACUAUAUAAUGUUCAUUUUUUACUUGAAAUAAUCACUAGUUGCCCAUUCAUCAUUAGUAUUUUUAAUCCGAAUUUGAGACAAUUGUUUGUUCCGGCUUUUCUCAACUGUUGGCUGGCGAAAAGUGCUCUUCAAGCUAUGAUGAAUGACCUGAACCGGAUGUCAUCUGUAAGGCAAUCAGCUCUGUUCACUCAAAUGUCUCUUUUGUUCACUACAUUACUCUGUCUCAUUUUCACCUGGAUGUGCAUGAUUGAGCAUUUUCAACGUGGAGGUGGGAGAAAGUUUGAUCUCUUUACCAGUUUUUAUUUUGUUAUGGUUACACUCUCUACAGUCGGCUAUGGUGAUUUUUAUCCCGAUAACUGGAUGUCUAGGUUAUGUGUAGUCAUUCUCAUUUGUGUUGCUUUGAUCAUGUUACCGUCUCAGUUGGAAUCACUCGGACAGACGUGGUCAGAGAGACAAAAAUCUGGUGGUGAAUAUUCGAGUCGUUGGGCUGCUCAGGAGCACGUAGUUGUUACAAUUACUCAUCUGGAAGUAGAGUUCGUGAGAGAUUUUUUAGAUGAGUUCUAUGCCCAUCCCGAAAACCAGAACAUCGACGUUGUGCUUCUAUCACCAGGCGAAUUAGAUAAUUCAAUGAGGCUUUUAUUGAAAAUUCCUCUAUGGAGUCAAAAAGUUUUCUAUGUUCGUGGAAGUGCUCUGAGAGAUGAAGAUCUCGAAAGAUCUAAGUUGUCAACGGCGAAGGCUUGCUUCAUACUUGCAGCGCGACAUGUCAAUCGCAAAAUAUUCACAGAUGAGCAUACCAUUCUGAGAUCAUGGGCUGUCAAGGAUUUCGCUCCAAAUGUGAAACAGUAUGUUCAAAUAUUCCGCCCAGAAACAAAGAUGCACAUCGAACACGCUGAAGUUUUGGUCUGCGAAGACGAGUUCAAAUAUGCUCUCUUAGCCAACAAUUGCAUUUGUCCUGGAAUAUCUACCUUCAUCACUCUGCUAGUUCAUACAUCAAGAGGAGAGGAAGGAAAGAAGUCUAGUGAACCAUGGCACAAAGUUUAUGGCUUUCAUUCGGGUAACGAGCUCUAUCACAUUCGAGUGGAAGACAGUAAAUUCUUUGGUGAUUUCAUUGGGAAAUCGUUUACCUAUGCCUCUUUCCAUGCUCACAAAUCUUAUGGUAUCGGCCUGAUUGGAGUUAAACCAAAUGAAAUAAAUGCGAAAAUGCGCUUGAAUCCAGGAACUUCACAUGUUCUUGAAGCGUCAGAUAUUCUGUAUUACAUGGGAUUAACAAACGAAGAAUCUCUUUAUGAUUUCCGCAAGGACUUGAAAACACAACAACGAAGAGCUAAUGUUGCGUCAAGCAUAGCGAACAUCGGAGCCGUAGCAAUUGACGUGCCAUCGUUAGAAGAAGGUAGGAAGAAGCCAAAUAAGAAGCGUGGGCUGUUGCAAAAGUCAAAAGCAACAGAUGAAGUUCGUCUGAUUGAAGUGCCAAAUGAAGCGAGUCGCCGUCCUUCAAUAGCAAUGGUCAUGGAUGCUAAAAAUUCCUCAAGUGACGACGAUGACGACGAACAAUGUGAUACAUGUCGUGGCACUUGUAUUCAAGACAAAUUACAACGAAGUUAUCCACAAGUACGGACUUAUAUAGGAACAUCUAAUACUAUCUGCCACAUGAUGAAAGAAAAAAGACCAUUCUGUUGUUUACAGCUUGAUAAAGCUUGUUUGCACAGUCCUAAUAUCACAGCUCAUUCUUAUAAUUGGCGUAAUCGGCCGAUUAUUUUAGCAUCAGAUCGGCCAAGUAGUGGAAUGUAUAACUUAAUUAUUCCCUUGAGAGCGUAUUAUAGACCUGUUCAUACUCUCCACCCUAUUAUAGUUUUGCUUGAACUGGAAGAUACUGAGACUGAGCCGAGCUCAGCAUUUUUGGAUGCUAUAUCUUACUUCCCAGAAGUUUAUUGGAUGAAAGGGAAAAUUUCAAACCUGGACAAGCUUCUCAUUGCGGGAGUAUCAAAUGCUGAACAAGUUGUUGUCGUGAAAGAAACGGCAACUCUGGUUGAAGAACAUUUUGCUGAUUGUAGCACCAUCAUUACAGUUCAGAAGAUACAUAGGAUGUUUCCAACAUUACGAAUGAUCACUGAACUCACUCAUGCAUCCAAUAUGCGAUUUGUCCAGUUCAACCCCAACGAUCCAUACUCCCUUGCACAGUCCCGCUUCGAGAAGGAUGAGAGAAAGCGAGGUUCUCAUAUGCCUUUCAUGUUCCGUCUGCCUUUCGCACAAGGUGGUGUAUUCAGUGCCAAUAUGCUUGAUCGUCUUCUGUACCAAUCUCUUAUAAAACCGUAUGUAGUUCAACUAACAAGACUAUUAUUAGGAAUCGAUCAGUCAUCCGGAAGCGGGUUCUUAACUUCAUUUGUAAUAACAAGUGACGAUCUGUGGAUUAAAACUUAUGGACGUUUGUAUCAACAACUAUGCUCCACCGUAUCUGAUAUUCCGAUUGGUAUAUUCCGUACUAAAGUUAUGGAUUCUAAAACGGUAUCCCUGGAUUUGGAACGAAGAUGCUGUUCUGUUGACUAUGAGCAAGCUCAGUAUGCACGUAGGAAAGAUAUGUACGAUCAUGUCAAAAAUAAGAUGAGAAACUUGGGAAUGACUUGCAGUCAAGAUGGGCUUGAUAGCUACGAUAAAUCCAAUGUGAUCUCCUUCGUGAUCAUUAAUCCCUCUAUCGAUUUACAGCUAGAAGAAGGGGACAUAGUGUAUGUAAUAAGAAGUCCUCUGAGAGAAAAUGCAAAAACCAGUAAAGUCAAUCCUCGCCGUGGGCUUAGAAGAGGAAAAAACGUUCGAGAAACUAUGGAUUCCGCUGAUAUCCCGUGCCUCAACGUUCCAACGUAG